UCACAUGGAUGGUAACAUGAAACUUUAUCGGUACAAAUCUGCUGGGAUGUAAGUACAUUUUGUACACUGAAUCACAGACGAUGCAUUGCAGGAAUGCACUAGCUUGGAGGGAAAUCGUCAGCUCAUAUACAACUGAAAUGCGUCUUGUAUAUCACCUAGAAAGAGUUUCAAAGUUAUUUCAUCAUAUGUAUGUUUUAAAGAGGAUAAAUUGAAAUUAUUUAGCAGGAAAAGAGAUUGCUACUAUGGAGAUGCUUUAUUGCUUCAAAUGAAAAAGUUCAACAUCAUCUCUGUAAAAUUUACAAAAAAGGAAAGGAAAAGGUCACAGAUGAUUCUAAGUGUGGCGAUUCUAUUUGGCAUGCUGCUGGAAAUACUUUGAAGAAAAAGAAAAUUGUUGAUGAAACUGGGCUAGAAAUUGCUGGCUGUCGUCACAGUGUUGCCCAGCAUGCAGUUAGCAUGAAGCACGGAGAAGUGUAUGGCUAUGCACAUUAUAUGCAAAAGGAAUAUUACCUUCGUCGUACAACACAAUUCUUCUGGUAUGAUGUCAUCUGCAAGUAUUGGCCUUGGCUGUGUAAAAAUGAUGUAACCACAUCUCAAAAGAUGAAACCUGCUCUUUCCGUAAUGCAUGCCAAAGCACAUGCUUGGUAUUGCCAGGUUAUUUGGGGAGGGCGAUGGCAAGAUGGCGCUUCUGCAACAACAGGAGAGGAAGUAGAACAGAUUAACAGUCAUUUCUCGCGGUUAGGGUGCACUACCAAGCAUAUGUUACCUGAAGGACGAGAGGAAUUGCUGACUGAACAUGCACUGGAGUGGAAUAAAAGAAAAAUAACCAAACUGUCAAGUAUUCUUGCGAAAAGAUAUACAAAAGCUAAAGAUAAAACCGCCAUCAUGCAGAAAGAAUUAGAAAGCAUGUCAGAGAAACUUGAGUGUGAUCCAACAACAUUACAGAAAUGGAAAGAAGAUAUAUUUGACGCUGCUAAACUGGAUGAAAAAUCGAGAAAUAAAAGAUAUUCCAUAACUCCGGAGGAAAUGAAAUACAUAUGUCAUUUGCUCACAUUAGAUGUGUUAACGCCAAAAGAGAAGGCCUUGUUUGACGUUGCUGAAAAGAUUUAUAAGGAAAAAUCUAAACAGUUUCAGCCCAAGAUCUGUCGCAAUUAUUCCUUUGGUGAAGGUGUUUUAAAAAAUAAAUCUUUGGAAUAUUUGAGAUACAAUAUGGAAUUCCAUCAUAACGCGAUCUCUCAUCUGGCAUUUAACAUUGCAAAACUUGCAGAUUCUUCGAAGCAACGAAAUAAGUUAAGGAGAAAGAUCAGCAAAGAGAAAGAGAGUAUCCAUUCUUUGAUUUCAAUUAUAAUCGAAUUGCAGACGAACCGCUAA